ACACCUAUUUUUGGCAAAUUCUUCCAUGGGAAAGUGCCCCUUGGAAAGUCAUGGAGAAAGCAGGAAAACGCACUCAGGGAGAUGGUCAAGAAUACAGUGCACCAUCUGAAGGUGAUACCCGUGCAAAUAAGAGCGGAAGAGUGCGUCAAAGUGGACAGAGUGGACAGAGUAUCAAGGAAGUUCAGAGGAAAAAGGGGGCAGUACCCAAAGAAUCUCCACUAGCGCCAGUUGGGAAGAUAUUCAAUCUUGUGCCUCAUCUCGUGCAGAGUGCCAAUCGAUCAACGAAUCUUGCCAGGAACAGAGAACCCCGAUUUAUUCCAUUUGAACCCUACAAAGGUGCUGUCACUCCUAUAAUUCCCUACCGGAAGCCACCUAUUUUGCGAGGGAAGAGUCGGAAUAAUCUGGAUUUGGGUGUUCUGGUGUCUCAGCUAUCUGACAUCAAAGCCUGUGAAUUGCUGCAGUUGCAGAAGGCUGGAGGGAUGCUGGAAAGUGGAACCAGUGGAUGUAUGUCAGAUUCUGAGGCAAGGAUUCAUGCUCUGGAAAUUCAAGUGAAUGAAUUGAAGAAGGAGAAGGAAUAUUUCGAGGGACAGCUUAAAUUCCAGGUUCAGGUAAAUUCAGAAUUGAAAAAUUUGCUCGUGGCCGCUGUGGGAGAGGAUAUUCAGACCAGGGUCAAUGUUCUCACUGAGGACAAGCUCCAAUUGGCCAGAGCACUGCUAGACUCUGCCAAUAACAUCUCUACGCACACUGAACAAAUUGAAUAUCUGGCUGGACAGAGUGAAGUGUGGCGGAGUAAAUUUCUAGCCAGCAGCUUGAUGGUUGAAGAAUUGGCCAGAUGGAAAGCUAGUCUUACUCAGAAGAACAAUCUUCUCGUGACGUCAAAUAAGCAAUUACUCGAGAUGACUUCCAGGCAAAUUCGAGAUAUGGCCAGGGAUAUUCUCAGAAAUCUCAAAUUCCUCGCACAAAUCAAAGAGCUCAAACUACCUUCGGCCAAUGCUGUUGACCUUCUGGCUGAAUGCUGCAACAUUUCGCAACAAUUGGUACUUCAUUCGGGCGUCGGCAUGCCUGAAGAUCUCAAUCUUGAGAAUCUAGAGCCACUAACUCCAGCAGAAGGUGCAGCAAUAAAGGCCCUUCAAAACUCCAAUCAGCCUUUAAUGUCCACAGAUGAGGCUUUCAGAGCCAUCGUCGGGCAGGCCUUUCCUUCAAUCCUGGCCAUGCGCAAGGACUCCACAGCGAAGGAAGAUGAUGCAAAUGGCAAUGGGCAGGAUGAUGGAUAGGGAAGUGAUCGUGUAUGACCAGCCUGCUGAUGCCAAAAUCACACUAACACAUAUACGUGAAAGCGAACAUUGUUGUUCGGAACAUGGCCAAACCCCAAACCGGCAGCAUCUUCCCGGCUUCAGAACGGCAGUAUCACUCUGAUAUGUUCAAAAUUAAACAUUUUUAAAAUUUAAUAUAAUUUUGUGUGAUUUUUAUAAAAUA